CUGUACACUGCAUUACCCAUAGGUAUUGAUCCCAUGUCUCUCAAGGUUCCCUUAUCCCAUUUUGCUGUGCUGCCAUUGUUCGUUUGUCCUGCUCGUCGCAUUGCAGGUCUAAAACACGUGGAUCGCCUCGCCAAUCAUCGACACGCAGCUCAGGGACUGUUCACUUGUCCAGCAAGGUGUGAACAUCGUACAAAGCUGAUGCGAACCAAGUACACCUUCAAAAACCAUACCAUAAGUCUGUCUAUCGGGUAAUAGAAGGCAACCAGGGGGGCUUAUCGAGGUAUGCUCAGGUAGCGUAUAUGCAUAUUCUGGAGGCUGACAAUUCAAGACGGGGAAGGAUUUGGGGGUCCGAGUGCCUGUGCACAUAGUGUUUCCUCACCUUUCUCUAUUCUCACCCUAUCCCGUACACUUAGCAAAGUUAAACCAUUUCACUGUUUCUGGAUCUGCCUCCAUUCACCUUGAUAACUUGAGCCUGAUCUU